UAUAUUGUAUCAACUUGAUAUAGGCACACUAUCACAUGGCUACUGCAAAACCAGAAAAUGAAGAGUUACAGGCUGUUAAGAGCAAAGCCAAGAAGGAUCCAAUCAAUGACUUGAUUUUUACAAUGCUUCAGCAAAACACAAAUCCAGAAUCUGGGAUUCAACAAGCUACGAAGUCACUUACAUGCUUGAAUGAACAAUUAUUUCGAAUCACAAAGGCGAUACACGAAAAACAGUUCGAAGAACGCCAAGCUUAUAAUAGGUUAUAUGAUUUGAACUAUAAAGAGAAGGGAUUCAGAAGUAUGUGGACAAAUAAAGGGAAGCAAAUGGCUGCUUUGAAACGAGAUCUCGAUAAGCUUACUUUUGCUAAUGGUGCUUAUAAGGAGAGAUCUAUCAACACACAAGGCAAGAUUAAUAGCCAUAAUUUGUGUUUCCGAAUGCAUCAUGAAACUGGCAAUAUGGUGAAAGAAAAGAAGCUCUUGAAAGAGGUGAAUGCUGGUCAGAAGGGAUUAAACGAUUCGGGUCCGUCAGUGGUCGAAGAGAUAUCCGAUCGGAUAUGGAGAUUGAGGUGGGACAUUAGAAGGAACUAUUUCAUCCCAAGACCUGCAAUAAGGGUUGAUGAACAACAAGUUCUUAAAGAGAUUAAUGAGCUCAAAUGGGCUAGAGAUAAAGCCUUUGCUAAUGCUCCUGUAAAGGGGAAGAUUUGGAAUUCGUUGCCUUCAAAAAAUGUCAUCAAACAACAAAUUAAGGCAAUGGAAGAGGCUUUAAAUGAAGAAGAUAGGAAGCAGCAUAUGCAGAUUAGAGGUGAAAUAGAAGUGGUGAAGAGUGAAAUAAAUGGUGUAAAGAAGAGUAUAGCUUCUUUGAAGAGGCAAUUGUUGGAUGUUCGUAGGAAAAAAGGGGAAGCUUAUAAAGUUAUUUUGAAGUUAAUUAAGACUCAAAAUCAACCUAUUUCUUAAUUCCUUCUUGUAUAUCUCAAUAUAUCAUGAUGUAUUGGUGAAUAAAUUCUUCAACAUGCAAGCUUGGUUCAUUCAAAAUUUGUCUCUGUUAGUAGUGCAAUUCUAUAAUCCUUGAUGGUAUUGGAUAGUAGUGCACAAAAAUUGAGUGUGGUUACAUAGUAGAAGAUGUGAAGAGCCAUUGAGAAUUUUGAUUUCGGGAAGCUUGUGAGAUUAGAGAAUUUUUUGGGAGAGAUUUGGUAAGAGUUUUGAUAGUACUUCGAGAGCUUCUUAUCUUCUUAUGAUGGAGAAGUUCUAAUGUGAGUCUUAAUGGAAUGAUGCGUUAUUUUA